AUGGGCGCGGCUCAGUUGGUGAUUCUGUUCUUGGCGCUUGCCGCCGCGCGGGCGGCGUCGGCGGCGGGGGCGCGGCCGAGCGAGGUGACCGUCGGCGCUCUCUUCACGUACGACUCCACAAUUGGCCUCGCGGCGCAGCUCGCCAUCGAGCUCGCCGUCGAUGACGUCAACGCGGACGGCAAGGUCCUCCCGGGGACCCAGCUCAAUUUGGUGCCCCAGGACACCAACUGCAGCGGCUUUCUUGGGACCAUCGAUGGUUGA